AAAUUCGUUUAGGAGCGUUUGCCAUAACUCCAUAGUUGUGUGAUUCUUGUCGAGAAGAGAAGCGAUUUUCUAAAUUCUCCCCUCGGAAAGGUGUUGAGGUAACUACAGUAUAGCACUCCGUAUACUAAACAAAAGCAAUGGGUUCUAGUAGUAAAAAGUACAAGGAAAAGGAUCGCUCCGACCGUGGCGAUCGCAAAAGACGCCAUCGCAGCCGUAGCAUCUCCGACGAUGAAAGCCCCCGAGACAAACGCAGCAAGCACACCAGCCGACGCCAUCAUCAUCGCGAGCGCAAACAUGACGCCCGCGAGCCGAAACGCCAACACGGCUAUGAAUCAAACGAUUCUGAUGUGGUCGAGAUAUCCGACCGGGAAGCAUCACCACCACCGCCAGCACCAUCGUCACAAGCCAGAUCACCUAGUCCAGCUGCAUCUAAUGCCACAUCCAGUGGACAAGCUCAUGAGAGUUUAUCCAUUGAAGAGACCAACAAGUUGAGAGCCAAACUUGGUCUGAAACCUUUACAGGUGGACACACAGACUGUGAAAAGUGAUGACAAAAAGGAUGAUGGUAAGAAGAAGGAUGAAUGGGGUGAGUUUUACCAUAAACCAGCAGGCAAUAUCUCCCAGACCACAAAAUCAGAGAAAUUAAAAACCAAACUUAGCACACAUAAAGAAAAACGUAAAAUCGAAGCAAAACUUUCUAAAAUUAAAACAUUGGGAGAGAGUGACAGUGAUGAUGAUACCACUGCCUGGGUAUCAAAGAAUAGAAACUUGGUGGAUGCCAAGAAAAAAGCUCAAAUGAGAGCCAAAGCUCUGGAAGAAUUAGAUGAACAGUUUGGUGUAAGUGAAACAAUUGAGAAGGAAACAAAGAUUAAAAAACAACAGAAAUACACUGAGAAGAAUCUACAAGGAUUAAAUGUUCAACAUAAUGUUGAUGCAUUCAAAGAAGGCAAAACAGUUAUUUUAACUUUAAAGGAUCAAGGCGUGCUUGAUGAGGACGACGAUGUCCUCGUCAAUGUCAACAUGAUAGACGAUGAACGCUAUAAGAAGAAUAUAGAGAAUAAAAAGAAGAAACCACAAUACAAUCCAUACGACAUGGAGGAUUUAGACGAGUGGGGAAAUCCUGUACCGAAGAAUUUAUUACACAAAUACGACGAGGAGAUUGACGGUGUGAAAAAUGAUAGUUUUACUAUCGGUGGAUACGAGACAACCGCCGAGAGGAAACAGAAUGUUCUACAAAACAUUAAAGAAAAACUAGCGAACAAACGCGUUGAGAGUUUACCAUCAUCAAUUGGUAAUUAUGCACACAUUGCUUCAGAUUACUACAAUGAAGAAGAACUUGCCAAGUUUAAGAAACCCAAGAAAAAAGUCAGGAAAAUUAGGCAAAAGGAUACGUUAUUAACCGCGGAUGAUUUGGAAGAAGUUGCUGCACAAGAUAAAAGCGUAAAGAAAACAGAACCAGAUGAAAAUAAAAUAAAAGUUGAAGAUUAUAGUGAUUUUAAUAUUGCUCUGGAAGAAAAAGAUGAUGGACUUGAACGUGCGCUACACAAUGCACGAAAACUAAAACAACGCGAAGUGGUUGUUUCCGACCUCAUCAAGGAACACGCCGCUAAUAUCAAACCAGAAAUCAAGGAAGAACCGAUCGAUUCAGGUAAUAUUAUCUUAAAUACAACCGCAGAGUUUUGUCGAACGCUUGGAGAUAUCCCCACGUAUGGCAAAGCAGGUAAUCGUGAAGAGACUGAAGAAUUAAUGGAUUAUGACAAUGAUUUAAUCAAAUCCGAUUCGGAGGAUGAUUGUCAAAUCGUCGAGGAAGCUUCGACUGCCGCAUCGAAAUGGACUACAUCUGAUGGUGCUUCAGGUUCAACAUCAAUUGCAGGAGGAUCUGCAGAACCUAUUUUAGAUGAGGAACCUGAUGUAGGUGUUGGGGUAGGUGCCGCGUUGAAAUUAGCAAUGAGUAAAGGUUAUCUUGACAAAGAAGAAAGCAAUAGACCGUCGAAUACUAGACUGGCGUAUCUGCAAGCUAAGCAUUACUCAAUCGAAGAUAAUUACGGUGAAGAGGAUAGAGGUAACAGGCGUGAGAGAUACGCAGGGCCCGUGCAGGACUUCAGAGAGAAGGAAACGUUCAAACCGAAUGUCAAGUUGGAGUAUAUCGAUGAUGAUGGGCAUGUGUUGAAUAGCAAGGAGGCGUUCCGGUAUCUCAGUCAUAAGUUUCACGGAAAGGGACCCGGGAAGAAUAAGAUUGAGAAGAGGUUGAAGAAGACGCAGCAGGAGGGUUUGAUGAAGAAGAUGAGCAGUACUGACACACCGCUGGGGACGUUGAAUAUGCUACAGGCGAAACAAAAGGAGAUGCAGAGUCCGUAUAUUGUUUUAAGCGGAGGCAAAACUCAUAGUACUUCGAUAUCGAAGGCUAGGAGGUAAAUAUUUAUAGGUUAAAAUAGGUUUUAGAUUAAAACCUAACCUAUAUUCAAAGGAAUUCAAACGUAUGAAGCAUUUUUGUGUGAAUGUAAAUUUAAAAAUAAAUAUUAGUAUAGUAAGUAUUAGAA